UUUGCAUUUCAUGGGACUUGACGAGAGUGGAGCCUGGGGCAGGAUCAUGGGAAGAGAUAGGACUUCUCUCAAUGGAACUUGCUUUGAAUACUUUACAAAGACACAGGAGGACUAAAAAAAGAGACAAAACAACCACUUUGGAUACUUUUUGUGACGUAAUGUCGAGUAAUUUGUUUAGUUUUUUUGAAGAUUUACACCACACUUUGAGCUGAAAGGGGCUGUUGUUGUCGCUUGCUUCUCUUUUUGUGUGUGGGGUUUUUUUUUCAUGAGUAAUUUGUGCCUUUGGAGUGAGAAGGAAAAGGUUCCUCGCUGUUGUUGGGUUCAGUCUGAAGCUCAGAGGAAACUUAAGUGAGAGUUCCUGAAGUUAGUGCGGGUUACCCGGGAUGACUGCAGCCGCCUCCCGUGGGAAAGACCCUCUGACUUGGACCCACGCUAUGGCCAACAAAGAAAACCUCCCAACAACUGGACAAGUUAUUUAGCAACCAGCGAGCAUACGCAGCUUUUGAAUUUUUCGGGAUUAGCAGAGUUGGAGGAAAUGAACACCUCGCCAGCAUGGAAAAGGAAUUAUAAAUGAGUCGUUUGGCAAACAAAGAAGAACAGUCGGACUGAAUACCGCCGAGCGAAGGGAAAAGCCUUGCGAGAAAUGGAGGAGGAAGGCUCACUUGAGCCAAACAAAAUACUGGCAAAUGUCUCAUUUUUCUCUUUAACAGGGCCCGGCUUUCCGGUCACCUUUUUAUAACAAAGCUAACUCCGUAUCAACAGCCCGUCUGGCGUUAUUAAAACCAAUCUAUUCUUCUCUUUGCCAAAUGCUGCAGUGCUUUUCUAGUCGUGCGUGAAAAUGAGGGUGGAUGUGUUGCAGUUGUUUGUGAUUUUGCUGCUCAGCGGCGGCGGAGGCUCUGCGAUAUCAUCUGAUUGCAAAUCAUAUGAUGAACGCUCGAAAAGCUCUGGGAAGAGCCUGCCAGCCGAUAGGAAAGUGGUGUGCAGCAACAUGGGGCUCCAUCAGUUGUUACCCCCGGAUUCCUUCCCCAACAGGACAGUCACACUAAUUUUAAACAACAAUAAGAUUCAAGAACUGAGAAAUGGAUCAUUCUUUGGAUUGUCUACAUUGGAAAAAUUGGACCUACGGAGUAACAUGAUCAGUCGUAUCGAACCAGGAUCGUUCCUUGGAUUGCCGGCGCUCAAAAGACUAGACUUGUCCAACAACAGCAUCGGCUGUCUCAACGUCGACAUCUUCAAGGGCCUCACGAGUCUGAUCAGACUAAACCUUUCAGGGAACAUGUUCUCUUCAUUGGCUCAGGGGACCUUUGACAGCCUGGCGUCUCUGAAGUCACUGGAGUUCCAGACACCUUACCUGCUAUGUGACUGCAACCUUCUGUGGCUGCUGCGUUGGAUCAAAGAAAAGGGCAUUGUGGUCAAGAACACCAAGUGCUCCUACCCCCAGUCCCUCCAGGGCCAGCUCAUCACCUCCAUCAGGCCGGAGCUCCUCACCUGUGAUGCACCGCUUGAGCUGCCCUCCUUCAAGCUGACUCCAUCCCAGCGUCAGGUCGUCUUUCAGGGGGACAGCCUGCCUUUCCAGUGUCAGGCUUCCUUUGUAGCGGAGGACAUGCAGGUGCUGUGGUACCAGAACGGCCGUAUGGUCAAGCCAGACGCCGCCCAAGGCAUCUUCAUCGAGAAACGCAUGGUGCAGAACUGCUCCCUGAUCGCGAGCGCUUUGACAAUCUCAAACAUCCAGCCCGGUUUUACUGGGAACUGGGAGUGCCGGGUCAGGACGAGCAGGGGCAACACCACAAGGACCGUCCACAUCGUGGUGUUGGAGAGUUCAGCCAAGUACUGCGCUCCCGAACGUGUCUCUAACAACAAGGGAGAGUUCAGGUGGCCGCGUACCCUGGCAGGGAUCAGAGCGUACCUCCCCUGCAACAGACUGCCAUCAAGCGCAGGCACCUACUCAGGCAGCUCCGGGGAAGAGCAGCAGGCAUGGCGCUACUGUGAUCGCGAGGGACUGUGGGCGGAGGAAGAUUACUCCCGCUGCCACUUCCAAAAAGAUGUCACUAGAUUUCUCUAUGUCAUCAACCAGAUGCCUCUGAAUGAGAGCAAUGUGGUGGCCAGUGCUCGUCGCCUCUUGGUCUACACAAUCGAUGCUGCCAACUUCUCAGACAAGAUGGACAUUAUCUUUGUGGCCGAGAUGAUUGAGAAGUUUGGCAAGUUUGUCGAGAAGUUUAAAGAUCUGGGUGAGGUGAUGGUGAGCAUGGCCAGUAAUUUGAUGCUGGCUGACGAGAGGGUGCUGUGGAUGGCUCAGCGCGAGGCCAUGGCCUGCUCCCGCAUCAUCGCCAGCCUUCAGAAGAUUGCUGUCCACCGUCUCGCCACAGCGCAGGCCUUCUCCCUGACUUCCCCCAACAUAGCACUGGAGGCCCACGCCGUCAGGGCCAACGACUGGAACGGCAUGACCUGCAUGCUGUUCCAGAGGCCCAGUCCCGAGCGCACGCCCGGCCAGGACCGCCAGCUCACCUUCAAGUGCAACACUACCAGCUCUUUCUCCAGCAUCCUUCACAAGAGCACCAUAGUGGAGGCGUCUCUGCAGCUUCCUCAGUCUAUCUUUACUCAGUCUGCACUCCCCGGGCAGGUGGACGACACGGUCUACAAGCUCCACCUACUGGGCUUCCGCAAUGGCAAGUUUUUUCCCUCCACCGGCAACUCCUCUCAACUGGCUGAUGGAGGGAAGAGGAGGAGUGUGGCCACCCCUGUCAUCAUGGCCAUGAUAGACGGCAUGUCCCUGCGUGUCCUGCGGACCCCCGUUAACAUCACCCUGAGGCGGUUUGCCCGCGGCUCGGACGCCGUGUCCGCCUGCUGGAACUUCAGCCUGGUGGGAGGCCAGGGAGGAUGGCAGAGCGACGGCUGCCGCAUCCUGGGCCAUCACGACAACUUCACCACCAUAUCCUGCAACUCUCUCGGCAACUACGGCCUGCUCAUGGACCUCAGCAGUGUGGAGUAUUUUUCUCCCAGCAUCCAGCCCCUGCAUCCAGUCAUCUAUGCCACCACUAUCAUACUCCUCCUGUGCCUGCUCACUAUCAUUAUCAGCUACAUCUACCACCACAGGUCUGUCCGUGUCAGCCGUAAGUGUUGGCACAUGUUGGUCAACCUCUGCUUCCACAUCUCCCUCACCUGCGGGGUCUUCGUAGGUGGCAUCAAUCAGACGCGUCACGCAAGUGUCUGCCAAGCAGUGGGUAUUUUGCUGCACUAUUCAACUCUGGCAACAGCUCUGUGGGUGGGUGUGACCGCACGCAACAUUUACAAGCAAGUGACACGCAAAGCCAAACGCUACGAAGAGCUGGACGAGCCGCCGCCACCGCCACGGCCUAUGUUGAGGUUCUACUUAAUUGGCGGAGGGAUACCCAUCAUUGUCUGUGGCAUCACUGCAGCAGCUAACAUCAAAAACUACGGCAGCCGGACCAAUGCACCAUAUUGCUGGAUGGCAUGGGAGCCCAGUAUUGGGGCUUUUUAUGGCCCGGUGGGAUUCAUCCUCUUUGUGAACUGCAUGUACUUCCUCAGCAUCCUGCUCCAGUUGCGUCGCCACCCUGAGCGCCGUUACGAGCUGAAGGAGCCGACCGAAGAGCAGCAGCAUCUGGCUUCAGCCAACAGCGAGGCCGGGCCAGAUGGUCCCAGCAGCCACUGCCAUCCCCUCACUCUCCAGCUCCAGCCGCACGAGGCCUCUUCCUCCAUAGUGUCAGCUCCCCACGCUGUGCCCCUGUCAGCUCUGGAGAAUGAACAUACCUUCGCUGCUCAGCUGAUGGGCGCGGCAGGGGCGCUAGGAUUGUAUGUAGCCCUCUGGGUGUUUGGAGCCAUGGCGGUAUCACAGGACCACCCAUUUGACUUAGCUUUCACCUGCCUGUAUGGUGUGGCUGCGCUGGCACUCGGGGCGUUCAUAUUGGCACAUCACUGUGUCAACAGGCAGGACAUGAGGCGCUAUUGGUCCCAGGCUUGUUGCUCCGGGAGACGAGCCUACUCCGCACAGGAGGAUGUCCUUCUGCCUCAGCCAGGCGUGGCAAUGACAUCCACAGCAGGAUCCACUAACAAGGCAGAUGGGGAGUCAGCAAAAUGUGGCCACAGCAGUGCAGACUCUUCCUACACAAAUAAGAGCGCCCCAAGCAUGCGUAACUCCGCCCACGGUAGCAAGCUGACCAAUCUGCACGCAGAGGCAGCUCAGUGCAAGUCUGUCUCAGCACCGGUGACCGCUAACGGUGCCGCCGUUUUGGACAACAGCCUUACUGAGCAUUCAGUAGACAAUGAAAUUAAAAUGCACGUAGCACCAGUUGAGGUGCAGUUCCGCCCGAUGAACAACAUUAACAAUCCCGCAGCUGCCACUAACGGACACGCAAGCAGGCAUCACAAAAACAGAGCACGGGCGCACCGGGCAAGUCGGUUAACCGUGUUGCGAGAGUACGCCUACGACGUGCCCACCAGCGUGGACGGCAGCGUUCAGGGCGCCCCCCACAGGCGGCACCACCAUUACGAUAUAGCAGCACGCAAUAGCCGACGGGCCGCUUACAUGGCCUACAGAGAGAGGCAUCAGAGCCAGCUGCAGCAGGACAGCAGCGAUAGCGCAAGCCUACCGCGGCGCUCUCGCUACGCAGACAAGGGAGGUGGCAGCAGUGUGGGGAAUGGGACGGUGGCAAGUGUGGAGACUGAGCAGGAGGCUACCGCUGCGGCGUCUAGCUCAAGUAAAGACUCCGGUCCUGUAAAGCCGCCCAGCAGCACAGAACUAGAAUCCCAACCUAAGUCAUAUGGGCUCAACCUCAUCACUCAGAACGGUGGCACACUGAAAGAAAAUGGACAACCUGUGCCUUUAAUUAACUCAGAGAGUGCAGCCAGUAUAAAGACCGGCUUGUGGAAACAUGAAACUACUGUGUAGCGACAGUUUCCGUCCCAAAGACUGCAUAGUGAUAUGCUCUCGCCUUCAAACUGUGAAAUGUCUUUUUUUUUGUUGUUGUUUUUGGAUUGUACAUUUUUUUUUGGAAAGAUUCUUUUGAAAAUGAUAAUUGGAAAAUUUACCCACAUAACUACCACUGAACUGUCUUUGUAGAUAUGUUUUUGUAAAUGGUCUAUUUUUAUAACUUUUAAUCCCAACUCCUUUAUUCCAAUUGAGAGUUCUGUACAUGAAACUGCAUGGUCUGAGCUGUGGCCCUGUUCAUACCUUGAGGGGCUUUUUUCCAAUUUUCUAGUUUGUCCCAACAAUAAUAAUAAUAAAAAAAGUUCCAUUUAA